CGUUUCUGUCCCCUCCCUCCUGGUCAGCUUGUGUCCUCUCUUGCAGAGUCGGGGCUGGAAUACUACCCUCCUUCUCAGUACUUGCUGCCGGUCCUGGAGCAGGACAGAGCCAACACCUCCCGGAACAGCCCUGAUGGACCCACGGACAGAUUCUCCCGGGAGGAGGUAGAGUGGCAGAAUAGGUUCUCAGACUAUGAGAAGAGGAAGGAACAGAAGAUGCUGGAGAAACUGGAGUUUGAACGGCGUCUGGAACUCGGGCAGCGAGAGCAUGCCCAGCUCCUUCAGCAGAGCAACAAUCAGAAGGACGAGAUCCUUCAGACGGUCAAGGAGGAGCAGUCCCGGCUGGAGCAGGGCCUGAGUGAGCGGCAGCGCUGUCUGGACGCCGAGCGGCAGCGGCUGCACGAGCAGCUGAAGCAGACGGAGCAGAACAUCUCCAACCGGAUCCAGAAACUCCUGCAGGAUAACCAGAGGCAAAAGAAAAGUUCUGAGAUCUUGAAGUCGUUGGAAAAUGAAAGAAUAAGGAUGGAACAGUUGAUGUCCAUAACCCAGGAGGAGACGGAGAACCUGCGGAGACGUGAGAUUGCCUCCGCCAUGCAGCAGAUGCUGACCGAGAGCUAUAAGAACCGGCUCAUCCAGAUGGCCUACGAGUCUCAGAGGCAGAGCUUGGUCCAGCAGGCCUGUUCCAGCAUGGCCGAAAUGGAUGAGCGGUUCCAGCAGAUUCUGUCAUGGCAGCAGAUGGAUCAGAACAAAGCCAUCAGCCAGAUCCUGCAGGAGAGCGCCAUGCAGAAGGCCGCGUUUGAGGCUCUCCAGGUGAAGAAAGACCUGAUGCACCGGCAGAUCAGGAACCAGAUUAAGUUAAUAGAAACUGAGUUAUUGCAGCUGACUCAGCUGGAGGUAAAGAGGAAGUCCCUGGACACAGAGGCACUGCAGGAGAUGAUCUCGGAGCAGCGCUGGGCCCUGAGCUCCCUGCUCCAGCAGCUGCUCAAGGAAAAGACGCGACGAGAGGAAGAGCUCCGGGAAAUUCUGACAGAGUUAGAAGCCAAAAGCGAAACCAAGCAGGAAAAUUACUGGCUGAUUCAGUAUCAACGGCUUUUGAACCAGAAACCCUUGUCCUUGAAGUUGCAGGAGGAAGGCCUGGAGCGCCAGCUGGCGGCCCUCCUGGUGGAUCUGUCGGCGGAACACUACCUGCCUCUCUUCGCCCACCACCGCAUCUCACUGGACACGCUGAGCCGCAUGAGCCCUGCCGACCUGGCCAAGGUGGGCAUCUCGGAAGCUGGCCUGCAGCACGAGAUCCUGCGGAGGGUCCAGGAGCUGUUGGAUGCAGCCAGGAUCCAGCCAGAGCUGCUGAAUCCACCCAAGGGUGAGGUCCUUGGGGCCCUGGAGGUGCCCACUGCCCCCGAGGAGCCGCCUGAGUCUGUGAGCCCGUCCGCUCCCCCGGCAGAGCUGGUGGUGCCGACCUCGGAAUGUGUCGUAUGCCUGGAACGGGAGGCCCAGAUGAUCUUCCUCGACUGCGGCCACGUCUGCUGCUGCCACCGAUGCUGCCAGCCGCUGCGCACGUGCCCGCUGUGCCGUCAGGAGGUCACGCAGCGCCUCCGGCUCUACCACAGCAGCUGAGCCCCGGGCUCCAGACCGGCACAGCCCCCCCGCCCCGGGUCCCUCUCUCGGCCUGGGAGCUGCCCCCCCACCCCGUUCCUCUCCGAGCCCACCUGGGCGGGGGCGGGAGGGGGACCGAGUGCUCCUGGCCGUGCCGCCGCUCGUCCGACUGCUGUGGGGGAAGCGAGGACCCCGAGUCUGAGGACGGCCUCGGGGCUUUGGAGAAGCAGCUGUGCCCCCAUCUAAGCACAGGACUGAGGGUCCUGGCCGCUGCCACUUCCCAGCAGUCUGACUGCGGCAGGUCACUGCCCUGCGGGAGCCUCGCGUCCUCAUCAGGGUAACACGGACGGCGCUGUCCCCCUCAGUGGGGCGGCGGGAGUGCGGGAGGGCCCCGAGCGCGGAGCUGCUGUACGGAGGCCACCACGGGGCGCCACGGGCUGGCCUCACGUGGACUUGCCGGUGUGCUGAGUGCACGCCUUGUACCGCAAGCCACGCUCGCCCCUCCCGACCUCCCCCUCUGGGCCCCUCUGCUCUCCAGACCUGUACCUCCUAACAGUCCACCCCCCCAUCCCCCCGCCACAGCUCACAGGCAGGCAACGGGCUUUGCCCACCCGAAGCAGGAAUGUCAAUAAAUCCACCUCCAGCCUGA